AUGAAGGGUUCCCUCCUUGCGCAAGGCAAUGUGGACAAUGCGAGGGUGGGCGACUUGAAGAUACACGGAAAGCUGUCCAUGGCCGAGGAGGAGGGCCUGAAGCUACUGGUCAAGUCCAUCCAAGUCUUUGCAGGAGGCCAGUUUCAAGUCGGUACUUCAUGGGCACCUCACAGAACAGCCGCCAUCAUCUCCUUUUGGGGGGUGACCUUCGACUCGAGCCCGGCCUAUGUCUCGCUGAACACCGAUUGGGGAAAGAAGGUCUUCGGCGUGUACGAGGGAAACGUGAGCCUCCACGGCCGCCCCUACAGCCAUGCCUGGGGCGACCUGUUCCGUACGGCGGGACCAGGAGAACAGCUCAUUCGAGUCCAGCAGGACGUCGGUGACUGGCCGGUUGGGGGCGAGAUCCUGCUCACGACGAACGAGUACCCCAAUAUGGACGGGAGCGAUACCCAAACCGAGCGGCGCAUCAUCACAAGCGUCGUCUUCUACGCGCCCUCCACAGAGAUCAUACUGGACCGGCCUCUAGAGAAGCACCACUUCGCGGGCGAGGCCUUCCGAGAUAACAGUGGAAGCCUGACCGUGCGGACGAUCGUGGCCUUGGUGAGCCGUAGCCUCCUUGUGACCACGGAAGAAGCACUUACUGGUGCAGAGAAGUUCCCCGAUCCAGAGCGGGAUGUGCCCAUCCCUGGCCAUGGAGGAGAGUGGUUCGGCUUCCACAUGCUGGCCUCCGGCUCAUCCUUCGUGUCUAUGUCGUGGGUCCAGCUCAACCGGGGUGGACAGGAUGGUCUAACUGCGGACACACGCUUCCCUGCCCUUCAGUUCUACCAGCCGGAUGGCUACUACGGAGGCCUGCCGAGCCCCUACCUGGAGGGACUUUCCUUCUCCGAUAGUAUCAUGGGUGCCAUCGACGUGCUGGGCAGCUGGGGGAUGGAUCUGGUCAACAGCGUCUUCGUUAACACGAGGAACUACAAUAGGAAGCUCGGGUCACCUCGCGAGAUGAUGGGCCUAAUCUGCGUGCUGAACGACAUCGGCUUCUUGCUGCGGCCACAUACCUGCGAUGAAGCGCAGCAGCAGGCUGGGGAUGCCACCCUCAACCUGCCGAACGAGGCUUUCGGAUGCCUUGUGGGCUUCUUCAUCCUCAGAUCCUGCUCCACGGCAGGGGGUGGCCCAGCUAGCUGCCAGGAUGCUUACGACUGCGUGCACCUCCAGCACAUGCGGGCUUGGAAGAACGCGCACAUCGGCAUCCUCUUUGUGGAUCAACCCGCCAACAUGGAAGUCUCCGACGUGCAGGUCUUCGACAAUCACAUUGGCAUCACGGGAACGUUCCAUCGGCAGAUGGGUGACAUGAACCACCACUUCACCAUGCGUGACAGCAAGGUAUACGGCUCCACAGCGCUGUCCACCUGUAACGCCUCGCUCCAAUGCCUGGCCGUGGGCCCGGGGGAGGCCUCCCCCUCUGGCUGCGCCUCGGUACCUGGACCUGGCGUGCGAAGAGUCGGCAUCCUUCUGCCCAUCAUCACCAAUCGUGGGAAGACGUGCGAGGAUGGCCCUGUGUUGCGCGCCUGUCCCCUCGUGAACCUCCCGGACCGCACCUGCGCGAUGCCCUGGGAGUACCGCUACGGCACGCGUGGAUCCAGGAUGUCCGUCUUCCGCCUGGAAGACGUGAACUUUGGGGCUUUCCAUGCCGAGGACUGCGGACUGCGCUCGGUGGGGAUUGCCAACAACCCGAGCUCUCGCGACUGGAAUCCUAUUCUUGAAGUGCGCGGCCUGACAUGGGCGGACGGCAGCUUCAUGCCAAAGUACGUGACCAACGCUUCGCUGACGUCGGAGGGCCCCCACCGGUUUGACCAGAUGUACACCAACACCCGCAUACUGCUCGAGCCUUGGUGGAGGUAUCCGGGCGAGGCAACGUGCUCUCGGCACCCCUUCGCUUCUGACAUUUUGCGGACGAAGCUGGGAAUCGAAGGCAAGCCGCCCAUUUGUCCUGGCGUCCAGCAUACCUGGGUGCGAGAUCUGGAUGGCACCUUGCUGCGCCAGAUUGGCGUGGCGCUGCCGGCUGGUGAGCUGCUGCCCAGCGCCUGCGAUGCGCAGAGCUCCGGAUUCUUGCUGGCGACCUACAUCCCCAGUGCUUGGCCACCACGAUGCACCAACGAGACCGCAGCUCACUGCUCGGAAGGCGACCAUUUCGUGCAUACGCUGGAUGGGGGGCUCACAGUUUGUCAGGACCGACUCCGAUUGUUGAACUGGGAAAGCCUGGAUCCGGAUUGCUGCGGUUUUCACCGACGCGAGUUGGGAUUGCUACGGGCAACGAGGCUCAGCGACGGCAUGUACGAGGAGUCUUGGCCCAUGUUUGAUGAUGACUGCGCCCGAGGAAGCGGGUCUGCCCAUGGAGCUGCGCUUCAUGGGGACCACGAAGCUACCCAGGUUGGAAUACACAAGAAGCCCGUGUUUCGUACCGACGGCUCCUUCAUGGGUUUCGAGGUGACGAAAGUUCUCUACAGCGCCGAGAAGCAGAACCAGGUGAUGCGCAGAUACGGCCUGGAGAAGUUGAAGGAUCAAAUGCUGACUCCUGGAGACAUCGUUCUAGCCGUGAACGGCAAGAAGACCCAGGCGACCAUGAUGAACGAGUUUCAGGCUGCGCAGGUCCUCUACAUGAAAGUGUGGAGAGACAAAGUGAAGGAGGACCCGCGGCCGAUGAUGUACGUGCUCGGCGAGUAUGACCCGGCCGUUGUUGAGCGCGAGAUGGGGUACCUCAAGGUGCAGAAGGGAACGCAGAUCCAGGUGGACCUGAGUACACGCAGCCCAUCUGAGGACUGCAACGCCUACCGCUGCGACUAUAUCUGGGGCUGGCAUCCUGAAGGCGACAUGAAGUCCGGCGGCUGGUUGCCGGUAGAUGUCCUGAGUGCUGGGUAG